CAUUUUGGAUUGCGAGCCGCUGCGACCACAAUCCCUUGCGUGUGAAUUAAAAAAGAUGGCGGGUUGUAGUGAAGCACGUAGAGCAUGUGUUGUAUGCUCAUGAGUAUUAUUUAGCGUUGUAUACAGUGUUCCCUGUAUUGUUAGUUGUCGAGUAUAGAAGGGGAAUUAUUCACACUUAAUGAAUAUAAAUUAAUUCUUGAAAUGCUGCUAAGUUGAUAGUAGUAGUAUUGGACUUAAACUCUGGCUGUGUUCCUGCUGAGCAUUAGGUUGAACAGGUGCUUGAAUCAAGGUUGCAAUGAACAUUUGUAAGGAGGAGGGGAAGAUAGCUCCCUAGCCCGCUAUGUAUGUCCAUGGCAGUGCUAUAGUUAGAGGAGGAGAUAUUCCUUUAAAAAAAAUGAAUAAACAUCUGCUUCUAAAGUUAAAUCUGCCUAAAUAUCUCCCUCAGAUAAACGCUCUAAAUUUUAAGGACUUGUAACUGUUCAUGCACACGUCCCUGCAGAAGGCUAUCUGUCUCCUGUCCCUUUCGCUUGCCUUUGUCAAGAAGGGUUGGAUUUUUUCUUGCCGCCUGAGCAUUAAGUUCGAGACGGCGCUAGAUUUGAAUCGUUGCCGGAGCUCGAAUCCCCGCCGGUGCCUCUUGCAGCUUCGUAUACUGAGACAUUAGUGAACUUAGAAAUCUUCUUGCAAUAAAAAAGCGAUGAAAAGCUCCAAGUCGAGUGAAAGUUCUAAGCGGAAAAGACGUGAGACGUCUAUAGAAAAGAGCAAGACCAAGCGGUCACGUGUUCGAUCGAGGUCCAACUCACUUGAAAAAGACAGAAAAGUACAGACUGAUUCUAAAAAUGUCUCUCGAAAAACGAGAUGGCAUGACAAAGCUUCCGAGUCCAAAGAAGUUGUACAACCUUCCGAUGAUAAAGGAAGCCCACAGAUAGUUCCUCUACAGAAGCUGGAAGAUAUGCUCGACGAUAAAGAACGCAUUGUGGAACACAUUUUUGCCACCCUUCCCGCCCCCGCAUUUCAGGAGAUAAUCCCAGAUUAUCUGAAAAAAUAUUCAAAGAGCGAGUUGAAACGACUAUGUAUAGAACAAAUAAAAGACAUGUCGAAAGAUUACAUUCUUCAAUUAAUUUCAGGGAAAGAAGUAAAAUGUUCAGAAGACAUUAAAACAGAAUUGAGUACAGAUGGCAAAAGUGACAAUAAAGGUUCUAUAAAAGUUGAGAAAAUUGACAAGAGUAUUACUACUGCUCCAAAAGAUGACAUGACGAAGAGCCCACCUAAUGUAAGCUGCCACGGAAGUGAUAGCUCAUCACGUGAUGUUUUGGAGCUCUUUGCAACAUCCAACGAAAUGGAGGACCUUAUCGAAGAUGAAAAUAAGAAAGCAGACAAUAAACAAACAGAUGAAGAAAGCAAACUCCAGAAUGAGGCGGAACUGCUUGAAUUAGAAAUGAGGGCCCGAGCAAUACGGUCUCUUCUCAGAGCGAAAAAUCUCUCCAAUGCAGAAAAUGUUGACGAAGACAAACAAGAGGGUCAGGAUGACGAAUAGAAGACAUGUGAUCGCUAGCGUAAUAACGUUGUUUCCUUUCCUACUGAACUAAUAUUCUGUAAAAAAUAAAUUUUCAUGUAAUGUCACUUU